AUGGCGGAUUCUCUCAUGCUUCAGACAGAGCCACGUGGGAUCUCGAAUCAUCAAACUGACACCUUAACUCAUGAGCAGAAGAGAUCACUCUCUUGUACUAUCCCAUGUACUACUGUGAGCCAAGUACAUAGCAGCCCCAGGAGUCCCCGCAUCCACAUAAACGAUGAGCUACUACGGCUCCUUGUAGCAGCCCCAAUAAUCCAGCAUCCUCGCUACAUUAAAUAUAUAGCAAAAGGGGCGAUAGGGAAGGUGUUUGUGCAUGAAGCCAAAGUGGUCAAUUUAGUUACCAAUGCGCGACCCUCAUGGCUCAAGACGAUGAGAACUUUGCUAAAUUUAAAACACUGUAAUGUAUCCUCAUAUCUUGCGGUAGAAAAGCGUGGCGCAUGCAUUUAUGUAGCAGAGUGCUGUGCAGAGCUCAAGACUGUCCGCACCUUGAUAGAAAGUGCCAGAACCAUCAAGCGAUACGUCAAAGAAAGUGUUGUCUGGGAAAUCUUAUAUCAUGUCCUGUCCGGGCUGGCAUAUCUACAUAUGUAUGCCCGCAACACCAUCCCCUGGGCAGAGACAAUUGUCCAUGGCGCCAUUACUCCAGAUAACAUCUUGCUAUUGGAUGAUGAGGUCGCAGUGCUGAGCUCGUGUGCUCUUUGGGAACUCUUCCCUGUUACUUGGUUUGACAUAAAUAAUCCAAGUACGUAUUUGAUGGCUCCAGAAGUGAUUGUAGACCCGAUGCAUAUGACAUCUGCAAGCGAUAUUUGGUCUGUUGGGGCUGUGUUUUAUGAACUUCUUACGUUGCAUCCCUUUGCUGGAGAUUAUCCUGCAACGGAUAUAGAUGGAUUACUUCAAAGACUCUACGAAAGAUUGGGCGUAAUUCCACCUGAACUUCCCGGAUAUUCUGAGGACAUUACACACCUGAUUCGUUGUAUGUUGCAUAUGGAUCCAAGACGGCGGCCCUCCAUCGAAGAGCUUCUCACUAAUAAGCACAUGCUUUAUACGAAGUACAGAGCAACCAGAAUACAGGAAAGCGCGAACUACUUGUUAAGUCCUUCGAUGAGUCAGAUGCAUGCGAAUACAAGGGAAAUAUCUAAUAGAAAGGAUCAGGACUCCACAGUAUUGUACAAUAACACACUUUUAACAACUAAAUCACAGGGUCUGCAUCUUAUAUUUCUCAACGCCCAGGGAGAAACCCGGCUCAUGCAGGCGGCUCGAGAUAAAAAGUAUGCUCAACUUAUGACACUGAUCAAAGAGGAGGCCGGGGUUCAGUCUGCAGAUGGAAUGACAGCUCUGAUGUAUGCAGCGUUGUUCAACAAUUCUUUGGCAAUCAAUUACCUAAUUGACAAGGAAGCACGCCUGGUCGAUAACGACGGGAAUAGUGCGCUUAUUUUUGCAAUACACUCCAAUUUCCGUUGUUGUGCAGAGCUACUGGCUCCGUACGAAGGGGGAAUCGUCAACAAUGUAGGUGAGACUGCGCUGAUGUAUGCUACCCGGCGACGUUAUGACAAUAUCAUUCGAACCCUUGUCCGGAAGGAAACAGGGAUACAGAAUAAUAGUGGUGACACAGCGCUGAUCAUCGCUAUUAGGGCUAACUAUAAAGAGGGCGUGCGUAUCCUUGCACCGUUAGAAAAACAUAUUGGACUAAUGGAUGGGACGAUGCCAGAGACUCUGGCUGUCAGGUUGGGCUUCAGCGAUCUUGGCGAGCUUAUCAAAGGUUUCGCCAAUCAAUAG